UCUUGCUUUCCCCAGUCCAGCUUUUCCAAUGGUGAUGACUCAGGAAAGAAAGAAGAUGAUGAAAGGAAAGUGCUAGUGCAUUGUUCAUCUACUAGUUUGCUUAUUUACUAGUUUGUUUAACCCAGACCUUGGAUGUGGGGACUUUAAUUUGCACAUGGAUUGGGACUAUACAGUAGCUACCCUGUGUUUUGUCCUCCUAGAGCCAGUAGUUCUUCAGACAGUGGAUCCAUGGCAGCUGUCAGGACAUGGGGUUUCUCUCAGCCUGCUGCGGAGAGAAUACGGUCCCUGAUUACCGCUGGACGACAUGCUACGGACGCUGUAGAGGACGCCAUUGCAGAGGUUGAAGAUGACCCAGAGACUGGGCAUCACAUUGUGGAGAGGGGAGGAUUCCCUAACAGUGGGGGAGUGGUGGAGUGUGAUGCUGCCAUCAUGGAGGGCAUCGCCGGCAGGUUCGGGGCAGUCGCAGCACUACGAUGGUGAGAGAACCACCUGCUGAAACCACUGCCAUGGGAAAGAGAUGUCUGUGAAAAUAAAUACUCAUAGGGAAACCCAUUGAUAAAUGUACUGUCUGUACGGUAUGAAACUAUGAUUUCCAGGGUUGGACAGAAGCCCCCACAGACUGCUGGUUGGGGAUGGAGCAGCAGC